ACGGAAGGAACACCCGAAGCUAAAGAAAGCUAGCCAUGGCUUCUUCUAGCAUGACCUUGGCUUUCUUUCUUUUUCUGUGUGCUUCCCUUCAUCUCAACCCUGCAUCGGCUGAUGGGCUCUCUGCUGAGCUCUGCAAAGGCCACAAAUGCCCCCCUAAACAAACACCACCACCACCACCUUCCGUUGCCAAACCUCCUGCUCCAUCGCCGCCUCCUUCCCCACUGGUGACCCCUCCACCGACCGGCUCGAAUCCACCACUUGUCCCUCCAAUUGGGGUUCCACCAAUUGUUCCUCCCCUUGGAUCAGUUUUGCCUCCAGUUGGGGUUCCUCCAAUUGUCCCUCCAGUUGGGGUUCCACCAAUAGUUCCUCCUCUUGGACCAAUUGUGCCUCCAGUUGGGGUUCCACCAAUUCUUCCUCCCCUUGGACCAGUUGUGCCUCCAGUUGGGGUUCCUCCGGUUGUCGUGCCUCCAGUUGGGGUUCCUCCGGUUGUCGUACCACCUGUUGGGGUUCCUCCGGUUGCCGUACCACCUGUUGGGAUUCCUCCCGUUGACCUGCCACCAGUUGGGGUUCCUCCAGUUGUCGUUCCACCAGUUGGGAUUCCUCCGGUUAACCUGCCACCAGUUGGGGUUCCUCCCAUUGUCCUUACUCCUGGCUUGCUUCCACCAAUUCUGGAUACACCAAUUGUGCCUCCAGUUGGACCAAUUGUUGCUCCAAUUCUCCCUUCACCCCCAGGAAGCAUCGUGAUUGACCCGGCCACAUCUCCUACUCCUCCUCCUCCAUCAUCAGACGAUACACCCUGCCCUCCACCACCCUCCACAGUUCCCCGGAAGCUUAAGCUGUGAUAGCAAAGUUGGGACUUCUAUAAUAGAUCAAUCUAGGAUAUCCUCUAAAUAAACAGUAUUAGUAGUAUCCAGCUGUGUGCAUAGGUCCACAGUUUUGUACCGCAACGUUUUAGGGAAAAAGAAUUCUAAGGAUGUAAUGCUUAUAUCAUGUUCUGCAAUAAGAAUAUAUGCCACUUUUUCUCUAA